AUGGGUUUCGGGCGAUUAGGCGGGUAUGCCGCUGUCUUUGCGGGGUUAGUGGUUAGUGUUUCUGCUAUUGAUUUCAAUAUCAACAGCACCGACACAGUCAAAUCCGCCUCCACCAUCGAAUUCACAAACCUCCUCAGCACCGCCAACUUCAACGGCACCGUCAACCCCAUCUACUCCUCCUCCUACCCAGAAGGCAUGCUCUACAUGUCCCUUAUCCCCUACUGGAACGCGACCGGCAACACAACCUACAACGAGUUUAUCAUCUCGCGCAUGCACAACCACUCGGAGAGCAUAUUCAGCGGCGAAUGGGAGGAGAUCGACGUCUUGACGAGCGACUUUGUCACCUGGGGUCUCGCCGCCAUGGCUGCGUCAGAGGCGGACUUUCCGGGUAGCCCGACGAACUCUUCUUGGCUGACAUGGGCGAAGAAAGUCGCGUAUACGAUGGAAUUGGUUGUUAGUCAGGGCUCGAUAUGCAACGGCGGACUAUAUGACGAUGAGAGUCAGACGCAUGGGACGGAGUUCGAUUGGUUCAGCAACGGGGCGUAUUUCCAGCUUAUUUCGAGAGUGGCGUAUGCGAGUGAGGGAGACGACCAGGGGACGUAUGCACAGUAUGGGGCGAGUGCAUGGUCAUGGAGUGAGGAAAACGGCAUGGUGAAUACCACGGAUUGGUCGGUGUAUGAUCUAGUCUCGAAUACGACGGUGAAUUCAUCGACUUGUCAGGCUGUGGAUACGGCGAGGUGGAGUUUGGCGUAUGGGUUUUAUUUGAGUGGUGCGGCGUAUAUGUAUGAAGCGACCAAGUCGGACGUCUGGAUGACGCGAGCCGAAGGACUCCUCAACAGCACGCUUGACACAUUCUUCCUCGACGACAUCAUGGUCGAAGUGGGCUAUAGCAGUGCUAGUCUAGGCACUGCCGAGCAGUCCAAACUGUCUGCUUACCCGUUCAAGGGAUUCCUGGCGCUGUGCCUUGCAUCCGUGGCAAACCUUAUCCCGGAGUUCGCCGGUCGGAUUGUGCCGCUCCUGGCAGACACAGCUGUGGCGGUAGCUGAGCAAUGCGAUGGAACAAGCAACCAGACCGUCUGUGGUUCCGACUGGGGGUCUACUUCGUAUAACAAAGACCCGUCCUUCGAGAAUACCUGGAAUGCCGCCAAUAUUUUCGCCUCGAAGCUGCUUGCGCCGGAAAUAUCCGAGUCGGGAAAUACUACGAGUAGCGGCAACUCCACGACAAGCAAUACAGCAAGCAAAGAUGGAAGUGGUAUCUCGAAUGGCGCGAUCGCUGGUGCCGUGGUUGGUGCGGUGGCAGGCGUGGCUUUGAUUAUUGCGGCGGUCUUCUUCGGCCUGCGUCAAAGGAAGCAGAAGAGAAUCCCGGUCCCUACAAAGGAGCCGGAUGAGAUUGAGUAUGCUAAGAAGGGCCCCGCAGAACUGGCGCAGGGGUCUUAUGUCCCUGAGAUGGAUAAUGGAGUGGUGACGGAGCUGCCGGGGAAAGUAGAUGGGGAGCAGUUGAAGUCCAGUGUUCCUCACGAAGUAGAUUCAGCCCCGGUGUCUGAGCUUCCGGUCAGGGUUAACACGAUGCGUUAUGAACUGGAAUGA